AUCUUUACUUUUACUCAAGUAUGACAGUUGGGUACUUUUUCCGCCACUGUAUGUAGUGAACCAUUCACCUCUCAUGUCUGAGAGUAGAGGAUAUGUUAUGUAGUGAACCAUUCACCUCUCAUGUCUGGGAGUAGAGGAUAUGUUAUGUAGUGAACCAUUCACCUCUCAUGUCUGGGAGUAGAGGAUAUGUUAUGUAGUGAACCAUUCACCUCUCAUGUCUGAGAGUAGAGGAUAUGUUAUGUAGUGAACCAUUCACCUCUCAUGUCUGAGAGUAGAGGAUAUGUUAUGUAGUGAACCAUUCACUUCUCAUGUCUGAGAGUAGAGGAUAUGUUAUGUAGUGAACCAUUCACCUCUCAUGUCUGAGAGUAGAGGAUAUGUUAUGUAGUGAACCAUUCACCUCUCAUGUCUGGGAGUAGAGGAUAUGUUAUGUAGUGAACCAUUCACCUCUCAUGUCUGGGAGUAGAGGAUAUGUUAUGUAGUGAACCAUUCUGGGAGUAGGGAGUCUAGUGUUACACACAUCACCUGAUCCCAGGUUGCACAUAGAAAGCAUCAGUAGAGUUUGAAGUCAUUGUUGUCACACACUCUGGUUUGUUAUAUUUACCUGCCUAUAGUCUCACUAAUAACAGGUCACACCAGUGUGAACUAACUUUGAAAAGUUGAUGGCGUGUCCAUUUGAAGUGGUUGUUGUAUCGUACUAUUCCAGUUGUACUUGAAGUGACUGUCUUUGAAUGACAAACCCUCAAAUGAAUGCUCAGAAAAUAAUUGUGUUUUGUUGUUUAACCUCAUUUAUCCCUAACCUAUGACUCUUUCACAUACUGACACCCACAAUUGCAACUGAAAUAUCUUCAGGUCUUGAUUCUCUGUAUGUUUCAAUGUAAUUUCUUGGUUUAGUAGGCCCUCCUCGUUUUCCUAUUGGUGGAGAGAUUUUACUCUGUUUGUUCAGAACCUAGCAGUAAAGUAGGCCUACCUUGUGUUCCUAUUGGUGGAGAGGUUCUAGAGCAGACGCCACUGUGGUAUAGACAUACUGUAUAUUUCCUGUUAUUUGAAGGUUCAGUUUAGUUGUGAUGUGAAGCUCAUGUUGUUUUAGCAAGAUGUCUGCACCCUCUCUGUGUUGUGCAAUCUUCCUCUGUCUCCUUUGCAGCACCCUGGCUGAGAAAGGGAACAAGGGACUGCUGGUCCGAAAGCAGGAGGGAGACACUAUGACCAUCCACUGCAGCACCUCUCUGCCAGACCAAGAAGACCUGAGUGUGUACAUGCGCCUGACAAAAGAGAUUCAAGUCCUCUACUUUCACCAGGAAACAGAAAAAUGUACCCUAAACGAGAGGUUCAAACUCAGAUUGAUGACUAAUGGAAGACUCAACAAAAUGGACAUCACCAUCACAAACCUGACCAUAGAAGACUCUGGGGCCUACUGGUGUGUGUACAGUGUUUAUAAGACACCCAAGCUUGAGAAGACUGAGGGGGAAGGAGCUGUUUUGCUGGUGGUGAAUGAUGAGGAGUGUGACCAGAAUGAAACGUCCUCAGGGCUAGGAAUGUCCUGGUAUCUGGUCCUGGUCUCAGCUGUCACUGCUGGCUCUGUGCUUCUCCUGAGUCUGCUCAUCCUCUUCAUCUGGGUCAUCCCCAGGUUAAAGGCAUGGCGUGCAACGAUUAGACCAACACAGGGCAAGACUAGCGAUGUCUAUGAAGACAUGCGCACCACCAUCAGACGUGCACACCCCCCUCAGAUGGGUUAUUAGUGAUGUUGCACGGCAGCCAUCUUUACUUUGGGCACCAACCUAAGACAGGUUGUUACAGAUGUUGCAUGGCAGUCAUCUUUACUUUGGGCACGACCUUCAGACAGCUUGUUACUGAUGAUGCACGGCAGCCAUCUUUAAUUUGGGUCCAAAUGGAAGCUCAUGUCAGCUGACUAGGAGACAAUUAUGUCAACAUACUGUAAUACAUGAUGUCAACGAAGGACUUUGAAAGAUAUAUUCUCAGGUUGUGUUAGGUAGCAAGGACUUGCAUCAAUGAUGUGCACUUAUGUCAGUCAUUCAACCUCAAGGUAAGCUACCUAUAUACUGUAGCUACUUAAGUAAGUACACAGCUGACAUCACACACUGUAAAUGGUUGUUCAUACAGAGGUUUUUUAUGGUCCUUGACCCUGACGCAGCAGGUAGAAUUUGAGUCUUGUAAUUACAACCACAAUUUAACUUGAAAAUAGCACUGAUUGCUGUGUAUGGAAUUUCAAUGUCUUUAGCUGUACAUUCUAUUUUUCUUUAUAGAUUGACAAUAUCUUUUUUUAACAACUUUUAAAUGUUGAAUUGAUUCUCUAUUGUAUAUAUGUUUUUACAUAUUUGAUGGCAUUGGGCCUAUGCCUAUUUUUCAGGCGCCAGGCAACUUUUACUGCUAUUUUAUUGUAAUACUUUUGCAUUCUUUAGUUCCUGUACUGAUCAUGUUGUUCCUGUAAUGAUAGUCUAUUUUUUUAAAUAAUAAAUGAGUCAUAAGACUAACA